AUGUCCAUGAUCACGGCGACUACGUGGGUGCCGCGCGGCUUUGCGGCACCCUUCCCGCAAAAGUAUCUCUUCGAUGAGGACGAGUUCGAGCGCAUUUCGCAGCUUGCUCGCCUGCAGCUGGACGACGCGAAAGACGACCUGGACGCAGCCAAGAAUGGCGACAAGAGCGACGAGGACGAGUCGCCCAAGGCAAAUGCUGCCGCCAUUGCAUCCGCCAAGGACGACAUCGAAAUCGACGACGACCUGAAAGAGUACGACCUUGACAACUACGAUAACGACGAGGGCGCUGUGGAUAAAGACGGCGAGCCUCUUGGAAUCUUCGGCAACGUCAAGUCUCUGGUCUACCACGAGAACAACGACGACGAUCCAUACAUCACUAUGCCUGACAACGUUGACGAUGACGUUGAAAGAGAGGAUCUGCAAAUCCUUGACACCGACAAUCUUGUACUGGCAGCAAGGAUAGAGGACGAGAUGGCACAUCUCGAGGUGUACGUGUACGAGGAUGAGGCAGACAACCUUUACGUGCACCACGACAUCAUGCUGCCGGCGAUCCCGCUCACGGUUGAGUGGUUGAACACGCCAGUCGGUAAAGGCCCAAUCGAGGAAAACUCGAGGGGCAACUUCGUUGCUGUGGGUACCAUGGAUCCGGAUAUCGAGAUUUGGGACCUCGACAUCGUGGACUGCAUGUACCCGAAUGCCAUCCUUGGCCAGGGUGCCGAAGACAUGGCCAACGGCGAGAAACCCAAGAAAAAGAAGAAGAAGAAGUCCAAGAAGGCCAACGAAGACUACCACGUUGAUGCCGUGCUUUCGCUGGCUGCCAAUCGCACCCACCGCAACUUGCUUGCUUCAUCAUCCGCAGACAAGACGGUUAAGCUUUGGGAUUUGAACACAACCAAGUGUGCCAAGUCGUACACUUACCACACAGAUAAAGUUUGCUCCCUGGCGUGGCAUCCGGCCGAGACGACUGUGCUCUUGAGCGGUAGCUAUGACAGGACCGUCGUCGCGGCGGAUAUGCGGGCGCCGGACGCCAAGGUCCCAAGAUGGGGCGUAGAAAGCGACGUUGAACAAGUCAGAUGGGAUCCCCAUGAUCCCAACUUUUUCUACGUGUCGACCGAGAAUGGCGUCAUCCACUACCACGACGCUCGCCUUGCUCCCUCAGAUCCGUCGCAGACGAAGCCAAUCUGGACCCUUCAGGCACACGACGAGUCCAUCUCGUCGUUCGACAUUAACCCCGUGAUCCCUGGCUUCAUCGCCACUGGUUCGACAGACAAGGAAGUCAAGCUAUGGAAUGUCCAGCCUAGUGGACCAAGCAUGGUUGUGUCGAGGAACCUCGGCGUCGGCAAAGUGUUCUCUACGUCAUUUGCGCCCGACAAGGAAGUCGGUUUCAGACUGGCCGUGGCAGGCAGCAAAGGCUCCGUUCAGAUUUGGGACACUUCCACCAACGCAGCAGUGCGGCGCGCUUUUGCCCAUAGAGUGGCGCCAGUAGAGGGCGAAGUCAAGGAGAGGCUCGUUGGUGUUCAAGAGUCGGAUAGCGAGUCUGAGAGCGAUGAGGAUGAGGAGGGCAAGGACAGCGAUGCGGGGCCGGACGGCUGGGAAUCGAUGGAUGAGGAGUAA